AGUUCACCUUUUUCUUUUUCUUUUUUAUACCCACCGCCAACGCUACCGAUUACACAUUCUUACAUCGGGUAUAGUUCACAGACUUCCAUCUGUCUAACGUGCAGAUUACGAGGGAAUGGGGGCGUAGUGCGGAGGAGAGAGAGAGAGAGAGAGAGAGAGAGGUGGCGCCCGACACACCGUGCUGCCUCCCGGGGGAUGCGGCCACGACUCGGUACAGUAGUUGGGCUUUCAUUGGCUUGUGUUCCCAACUCGUGUGACGCUCGAUCCUGACCCGGCGACAUGCGUGGCGAAGGCGAACUGUGACACAGCGGCUUGCAGAUUAAACGCGGAGUAGCCGACGUAACAGCGCACCUUGUCCAGCGGAGAACCAUGAGCACUUUGGAGGAGCAGACGGACCACAUGAUACCAUGAAGUCAAGCCUGCAGGCCCUGAGCUCCUCGCUGCUGAGUGUUCUAGCGUUCCUUCUCAUCCCAGAAGGUGUGAUGUCAUCAGCCCCGACGCCGCACCUGAGCCACACUUCCUGGAACUCUGAUAUCUCUACGGCAACUGCCCUCCCCUCCCCCAGCCCCCCUCCCCCUCCCCGUCCGGACUUGCAGCAGGAGGGUUCCGGGGGCAUGGCGUUCUUAUCCGGGCCUCAGGCUCCGCCCACGCACGCCCACGCGGUCCGGGGUAUGAAGAGCCCGGACCGCGUCUCCAGUGAAGCCUCCGCCAGAAGAGGAGGGGCACAGGGGGGUCCCCAGGGCGUCUCCGGGGGCCCCGCAGGGCUGCAGAGGCCCAGCGUAGAGCAGCCCACCCAUACGGCCAGUCUGGAGGUCUGGAGGGACGUCGGGGGGUCGCUGCCCCCCGGGGAGCCGGCCCAGAGCCCCCCGGGGGAGCCCCGGCACCACAGCAUCACCUCCCGGGAGGUGCACCCAAGCACCGGCGAGCCCCCCACCAUGGGGCUCACUCCCCUCGUCCCAUCGGCAGCCUCUCCUCUCGCGACACCCGAGUCCCUCCCUGUCACCACUCCCCCGCCCCCCGCCACCCCGCUGGCCUCCGCCGCUGCCGCCACCGCCGCGCUAAUGAACCCCGCCCCGGCCAAUGACAGCCUCGCACCUCAGCAGGCCGCCGCCGGCGGUAACGCCACGGACGCCCUCGUCCCGUCGCCGGCGUCGCUGGGGAACGCCACGACGCAGCGAGGGCCGCCCGCCGACGGCGGCUCCACGGUGGGGCCGGCGUCCACCACUCCUCCCCCUCCUUCGGCGCCUCCUUCACCGCGGGGGGCGAACGGCUCGGAGGAGGAGCCUCCGUCCACGGCCAGCGGGAGUUUCCUGAACCGGUUGGUACCGGCCACCGACCCCUGGGUCGCCGGCGGCAACGGCUCGGAGCCCACCCUGGAGGCGCCACGGGGCCCCGGGGACAUCUGCCUGAGCCGGUUGGACCUGGUGUGGGUGGUGCUGGCCAUCAGCGUGCCCGUGGCCACCUGUUCCGUGCUGCUGACCGUGUGCUGCAUGCGGAGGAAGAAGAAGUCGGCCAGCCAGGAGAACAACCUGAGCUACUGGAACAACGCCAUCACCAUGGACUACUUCAGCCGCCAUGCCGUGGAGCUGCCCCGCGAGAUACACACCCUGGAGAGCGAGGACACCUGCCUGCCUCCUAACGGGGACUACAGUGGCAGCAGUGUGGUGCUGGUGAACCCAUUCUGCCAGGAGACGCUGUUCAUCAACAGAGACAAAGCCUCCAACAUCUAGCGGGGAAAAUAACCUCGCCGCGCUACCUUCGAGGACCUUCAAAAUAAAAGUUUCUCCGAGAACUAGAGGACCGUGAAAAUAAAAGGUCCCUCGCAAACACCUUGCUCAUUUGACACCCACCUGCUGUUCACAACUAUUUUAUAUAUCUGUAUAGAUAUAUAUGUAUGGUAAAUAUUCACACAGACUCAACUUUAUACUACUGUAUAUUCACGAAGACGAGAGAGAGAAGAAAAAGCGCAAAGUUAAACAGACUAUUUGCUAUGCGCCUGCAUAUUUUUCUGAUGUACAUUUUCUACAAAAAAUGUAAUUGUUACAAGGGUUUUUAUGUCUUUUUAAAGUACAGAGUAUAUGUAGUUUUGUUUUGGUCAGUGGCUUGAUGGUAAGUACACUGUGAACGUGGCCAUGUGAACCCUGCUUUAGAGAGAAGUACGCUGUAUAGAAUCUGGUCAGUGUUCAACGUUUUAUUUGGUCCCCUAAGUAAUUCCAACACAUUUCACCUGUUGAACUUGAAUUGUGCACCAACGUUACGGGCUGGGCUGGGCUAUCAUGUGCUAGAGAGGGCUUGGCUAUGAUGGGUUAGACAUGUUGAUGUAAAACGUUUGGAUGUCUUUAGUUAAAUAAAAUACAAUUGUUUUGUGACUUAACCAAGCAGCAUUUGGUGGUGGUCUGUGAUGUAGUGCCUGCAUGGCGGGAACUCCAUCAUUCACCACCCAUCUCCGUCAACACCAUGAACCCCAUCACCAUCAUCUCCACCACCACCUCCUCCUCCACCACCACACCCAUAACCACCAGCAUUACAAGCACCUACAUCCUAAACCCUUCCCCCCACUUCCUCCACCACCAACCCCAUCACCACCCCCUCCUCCACCACGUGUGAGCAGGUUCAGUCCAACAAGGAGCUACAAAUCUCAGCUCAUGUAAAAUAAGUUCUCCUGUGCCUCUGUGACUACCUGUGUGUGUGUGUGUGUGUGUGUGUGUGUGUGUGUGUGUGUGUGUGUGUGUGUGUGUGUGUGUGUGUGUGUGUGUGUGUGUGUGUGUGUGUGUGUGUGUGUGUGUGUGUGUGUGUGUGUGUGUGGAUGAAUCCUUUUUUUUUAACUGCACUUGAAAUAUGUUGGAUGUGGGCGUUGCAGAAAGACUUUGCUUUGCGCUUUGCAUUUAUUUUCAUCGCAAUCUGUGUGUUUGUUCUGCAUGACUAUCCCGUCAGUCCAAGACUUGUCAGUCUUUCACGAUGUUUAUCAUUUGUGUCAUUCCUUUUGUCUGUCAUUCAGUCCACUUGUUGCUACAUGUUUGUAUUGUGGUCUGUAGAGGGACUUCUGAGCUCUAUAUAAACAUGCCUUUUAACAUCUAA